AUGAUACAGAAGAGGAGUUCCCCUCGCACACUAGCAUUUUAUCUGACAAACAGAAGAACAACCGUAUAAGACAUGCUGUUGCUGCCAUCUUGUGGUACACAGGGCCAAAAUGAGGAAGAAAGUGAGAGCACUAUGGGGGAGCCAGAGACAAAAUUUCAAUUGACCAAAGAAAUGGUGAUGGAGAAGCCAAGUCCCCUGCUUGUCGGGCGGGAAUUUGUGAGGCAGUAUUAUACUCUGCUCAACCAGGCACCAGACUUUCUGCAUAGGUUCUAUGGUAAAAGUUCUUCCUAUGUUCAUGGGGGUUUGGAUUCUAAUGGAAAGCCAGCAGAUGCAGUGUAUGGGCAGACUGAUAUUCAUAAAAAGGUAAUGUCCUUAAAUUUUAAGGACUGCCGCACAAAGAUACGUCAUGUAGAUGCACAUGCUACACUCAAUGAUGGCGUCGUCGUUCAGGUUAUGGGAGAACUGUCAAACAACCGGCAACCUAUGCGCAGGUUCAUGCAAACGUUUGUUCUGGCACCAGAGGUUCUACUCAGGGCCGAUGAUACAAACUUUACUAGAUCAGACGCAUUUUUUCUUGCUGAUCCUUGCAGAGGCUACCCUGUGGAAUUAUCGUAUAAAAAGGGGCAGUCUCCGUGA